AUGCUCAGAUGGAUCUUAUCACUACAGAAACCUUUGAUAAGGUCGAAUCAAAAAAGACUUUAUGCUCAAUUAACAUAUAGAAGGUUCAAUAAUAAUAGAGGUAAUGACUUUAGGAGUUUUCUAUUUGAUCCAAAAUCAAGGAAAUACAUCGGUAUAGCGGCUGGUGGAGGCUCGAUUUUUUACUUAACUCACUUGGAGGAAGCACCAGUAAGUGGUAGAAGAAGAUUUAUUUGGAUUCCACCUUACUUGGAAUCGAAAAUAGGUAAUUACACUUAUAAAUCCAUUUUAAGUGAGACACAAAACGCAAUCCUGCCUCAGAAUGAUCGUACUACCCAACGAGUCUCGAGAGUCUUUUCCAGAAUCUUGGAAGCUGCUUACAAAGAUCCGACAGUCGACAAAUCGGUGCUCGAAGGUAUAAAUUGGAAAGUCCAUGUCGUGAAUGAUCCACAGGCUCCCCCUAAUGCUUUUGUACUGCCUGGUGGGAAGGUAUUUGUAUUUAGUAGCAUGUUGAGGAUAUGUGAAAAUGAUGAUGGCUUAGCGACGGUCCUAUCUCAUGAGUUCGCUCAUCAGCUGGCAAGACACACUGGCGAAAACCUAUCGAAGGCCCCCAUAUACACAGCUUUGAGCAUACUUCUAUACACAUUGACAGGUGUUGAUACCUUCAACAGCAUCUUACUCGACGGUCUGAUCAAGAUGCCAGCCUCAAGACAGAUGGAAACGGAGGCGGAUUACAUAGGAUUGAUGAUCAUGUCGAGGGCAUGUUUUAAUCCUGAUGAAUCUAUUCAACUUUGGAAAAGAAUGGCAGAAUUCGAAAAACGUAGCAUGCGUGGUGCGGCAAACUUCGAGUUUUUAAGUACUCAUCCAGCCAGUGAGAGAAGAAUCGAAAACAUGCGUGACUGGCUGAAUGACGCCCAUCGAUUAUACAACGAAGCUGAUUGCGCUGCCAUGUCGCAACAUUGGCAGCAAUGGAAAAACAUGUCACCAGUGUCCUUAGGUGUAUUUUGA